GAAAAAUUUUAAGACAUGAAUUUUAAUGUCUGGAAUAUCAAAGAGAUGCUCAGUAUUCCCUCAGGCUCUGGAACCACUAAGUCAUCUAACUGGAAUAAUAAUCAGACUGAUUACUCCAGUCUCAGUGAUUCCCAGUUCCUUUUUGGAUCCCAGUUCUGUCCAGAAAGUUCAGAGACCCUGUCAACACCCUUGGACUUUGGUGUAAACUUGAGACAUCCAAAACAGUCACAACAAAAUUCUCUGGAUAGUGAACCUAGUAUUUUCACAAAGUACCAAACAAAACCCCAGCUGUUUGGAGGAGAUUCAAAAGAUGGAGACUUAUUUCCUCUUCCUUUGUCAGUUGGAAAAUCAAAAGGCCUCUUGGAACAGUUUGAGGAGAAAAAGAAAAGUGCAAAAGACAAAUGUGACAGUGAGACUUUAUACAACUUCAUUUCCCAUAUCAGAGAAGGCAUUCACAGGUUACAGACAUCUGUGGAAAAAUCUGAGGAACAUCUCAGUUCAAGAAGCCAAUCUAUUUUGGAUUCUUUGGAGACUGUGGCCAAGACAAUGCAGGAGACCAUGCAGGCCCAGAGUGAUCUGGUGUUGCAAACAGUGCAGGACAAGGGCAACAUGGAGCAGCAGGCCAUCCUUGAGCUGCAAAAGAGGUUUGAAGCUAAACAAGCAGAGUUUAUAGAAAUGAAGUCCAACAUGCAGCGCCUUGAAGCUUUAGUUGCCCAGCAGAGUAAGGACUUCCAGCAGCUGUGUGAGCAGCUAAGCCAGCUGAAUAUGCCCAGUGUCCUAGCAGAGCUAAAGAGGCUGAUCUCCGUCCCUCAGAGACCCCGGCAUGUGAAAGACAGCACUUCCCAGACCUCCCCACCUCUGGCUCAGAGCCUCAGUUUCACCAUGCAGGACAAAUAUGCCUCUAAGGAACCAGUUACAUGGCAGGCCCAGGCCCUCCCUGCUGCAAGCAACCUUAGUGUGGGCACCCCGAGGCCGGGGGAAUUUGGUGUCUGGGGUGAGGGAACACAGAGGGAUGCUCUCCAAGAAGAGGCUGCGAGGCUGGCACUUGGAACUGGCAAACAAAACAGGCAAAUAAAGGAUAAGGCAGUGCAGGCUAACUGCCAGAAUUGGGCUAUUACUAACAUAGGCUCCGAGAACCAAGGCUCCGGCAUCCUGAGCCACACGGUUCCUAGUGACAGGGACCUGGUUUCCCAAGGAGCCUCGCAGCUUAUAUCCCUGGACUUGAACAAUUUUGCAGCCAACAUUAAGAACACCUGCCAGAAAUGUCAAGCCAAAGGCAUGUUUUCUUGUGACCCUUGUGAACAAAUAAUGGUGACUGAACAGAAAGGCAGAACUGUAGAAAGAGGGAGGAGAGGCAAGCAGCAGCAGCCCAGGAAAGCCCCCAAAGGCAGGCGCCUAGCCAGGAAGCAAGAACAAACCCCCAGCAAAACCUGUGCUUCCAAUUCUAAAUAUUCUCAGCCUCCAGUUUCUGACCCACAGAGGCCCCUCCCUGGGCAGCAGGAACCCCUUGCUCAGCCUCUGCAUCUUCAGGGCCUCCGGAGCCCCACAAAGCCAGUCUGCCCUGCUCUGGGAGGAAGAGUCAUGCCCAGUAAGACAGCAAGGGCAGUGCCAGGGAACCUCUUGCAGCUCAGCGGGCACUCUUCCCAAGACAACAGUUUGCUUUCUCACAGUUCCCAGGGGGACCACCAGAUAAGCUGGUUCAGCGACCUCAGCCUCAGAAGAGAGCCCCCUCUCUGGAAGGAGCCCGGGAAGAACAUGCUGUAUGACCUGGGUUUUGAUAGCAGCGAUGAUGGCUUCUGA